GACCGCUGUGUACCACGUGGUUUAAUUUCGCGUCUGCGAAGGGAAGCCAGAUUACAGCGGAACAUCUGAAACCUCAGUUGUACUCAAAGCCAUUAUUAAGAAUGUAAAUAUACACACAAUGGUAUGCAGUCGGAUGAUUUGACCCUGGAAUGGAUUUAGAGGAGGCUUACCAGGUGGUUGGAGAGUUCGGUAGACACCAGAAGCGGAUGGUCACCAUCCUGGUGUUCCUACAGAUUUACAUGGCAUGUCAGUCCAUGCUCAUCAUUUUAGUGGGUGCUGUGCCGGAAUAUCACAUGGAACCUGUUACUGGAGAUCCGCAUGAUGAUAUAACACGAAGUGUGAAAUUCACAGAAGACGUCAGCUCAAUCGUGACCGAGUGGUACCUGAUUAAGCAUGAAGCCUACAAAGUAAACUUGGCUGGGUCUCUGUUCUUUGCGGGUGUGCUGAUCGGAAAUGUCCUGUUUGGACCACUCUCCGAUAAGAUUGGCAGGAAGCCGGUUUUCCUUACUAGUCUGUUUUUUGAGGUCUUGUUUGGGUACGGAACAGCGUUAGCGCCAAGUUAUGAGGUGUUUGCUGUGUCUCGGCUGCUGGUGGGAAUGAUGAACGGAGGAAUGGCGUUGGUCUGCUUUGUUCUUACUCAGGAAUAUGUGGGGAAGUCCUACUGGGCUUUGACAGGGACCUUGACUAAUAUGACCUUUGCAGUGGGCAUCGCUCUGUUUGCUGCGUUGGGUUAUUAUGUUCAGCCGUGGCGGAACCUAGCAGCUGCAGCCAACUGUCCUGGACUUUUGCUCUUCCUGCUCUGUGUGACUUUGCCAGAAUCUCCACGCUGGCUUUAUUCUCGGGGUCAGACGGAGAAGGCUGAAGAUAUCCUGAAGGAUUUUGCUGUGAGGAACGGGAAAGGCAGAAUUCCAGUGAAGCUCCGGCGGGCCGUCAGCGCCAGCGCUCCGGAUGCAUCCAGCCCUGGGGUUUUCCAGCUGGUCACACAUCCCAUACUGCGCUGGAGGACUGUGGUGCUCAUGUAUGUGUGGUAUGCGUGUAGCCUUGUGUAUUAUGGAUUGACCCUCAGUGCCAGUGAAGAUAAAGGUAAUCGUUACCUUAGCGUUGCUAUGUAUGGUCUGGUGGAACUCCCUGCAUACCCUCUCUGCAUGUACUUCAUUAACAAACCGUGGGCAGGCCGGAGGAAGUCAAUGGCCAAUUUUCUUGCAUUUGCAGGCGUAUCCUGUCUGCUCACAAUGUUCGUACCUGUAUCAGGGUCCUUAUUAAGUGCCACGUCACUGGCUCUAGUGGGAAAACUGAUGGUCAGUGCUGCAUUUAAUAUUGUGUACGUGUAUACGUCAGAGCUCUACCCAACCGUGAUCAGGAAUGCUGGGCUGGGUGUGUGUUCCAUGUCCUGUAGAGUUGGGGGAAUUCUGGCACCGUUUGUGCCGAGUAUGAAAUCAUUGCACACCUCCAUGCCAUUUAUGGUGUUCUGUUUGAGUGGGAUUUCCGCGGGCUGCCUGGGGCUUCUUCUGCCGGAGACACUUAAUAAACCUGCUGCUGAAACACUCGAUGAACUGUCCAGCCCCACCUACCAGCGACUCUUACAGCCACAGGUUCACCUUUUGGAAGAAAAGCAUUUAAUUGACCACAACGGGGCUGACAGUGACUAAGACAAAGACCUUGAAAACAUUAUAUUACACCCGUUUACAUACAUUCCUUGACCAUGGUCAGAAUUUCGUGCCAUACACUGACUCACUGAAAGACUAAAGGUGCCUUCCAGAAGAAAUCUGUCUGCUCAAAGGAUCAAUUCAACAGAUUUAACUGUCAGGACUAAUUUAAAAUAAUGGAAAAUGGACCAGAUUUUCAUUCGUUAACUUUUUUUUUUUUUUCUCAUAAUGUCUGACAAUUAUGACAACUAAUUUCAUGUGUUUACUGCCAUUUAUGAACAAA